CAGCACCCGCCGCGUCUCCAGAGGAGCUGCUGCUGGUACGCGCGGCGAGGGGCGGGAACGGCCUCCCGUGCCCCCCGGCGUGGAUGAUGCGGCAGGCGCGGUGGUACAUGGCGGAGUACCAGGCGCUGGCCAAGCGCCACCCCUCGUUCCGGGAGCGGUCCGAGAACACAGACCUCAUCGUCGAGAUCACGCUGCAGCCCUAGCGCGCCUUCACGCCCGACGGCGUCAUCCUAUUCUCGGACAUACUCACGCCGCUGCCGGCCAUCGGGGUGCCGUUCGAUAUCUUGGACUUGAAGGGCCCCGUGAUCCAGUCGCCCGUGCGGUCUGAGGAGCAUGUCAGGGAGCUAGUCCCCAUCGACCUCGAUAUGCUCCACUUCGUCGGGGAAUCACUCAAGAUUCUGCGAAAUGAGAUUGUGAGUAGGAUUAAGAAAGAAUGCCCUCAUGUGCCACUUGUGUUGUAUAUAAAUGGAAAUGGAGGUUUACUUAAGUGCAUGAAGGACACAGGAGUUGAUGUUAUUGGGCUUGACUGGACAGUGGACAUGGCUGAUGGAAGGAGGCGCCUUGGUAAUGGAAUUAGUGUACAAGGGAAUGUGGACGCAGCCUUUCUCUUUUCACCAUUACCAGUACUGACUGAUGAAAUUCAUAGGGUUGUGAAAUCAGCUGGUCCAAAAGGUUAUAUACUUAACUUGGGCCACGGUGUACUUCAAAAAACAAAAGAAGAAGCUGUAGCAUAUUUCUUUGACGUGACAAGGAGCUUAAGAUAUGACACCCUUUUCCAAGGUUCUGUUGCUGAAGAAUUGCAGCCCGUUGCUUGACAAUGGCAAUGCCAUUCUUAUUUUUCAUCAAGUGGCCUAUUUGAUCUGUGGUGUAUCAUCCUAGGUUCUUAGUGUUGUCUGCAAGCUCGGCACCUUCUACCUUUCAGGAGCCACUCCAUUUGCUGGAGCCUGGACAUGUCUUGUAGAGAUAUCGACAGCAAAUCAGUGCAAUUUUAUUCAUUGUUUGUCAGUUUCAUUCUUCAUCUACACAAAAAGGAAU